UUUUUUGCGCCAUUGAUGUGCAUUUAUGCGUGUUGAAUCGUUUUUCUACUGCAUUUCAUAGCGUCUUUUAAAAAUGAUACUUUAUUGCGAAUUAAUCAAUUAACUAUAGUUAGUUACGUUAUAUGAAACGCCGCAUGGUAUAUUUGAGUGUGUUUAAACUUCAUCCAUGUAAAAUACUGUGUUUUUUGUGUACUAUUUAUUAAUUCAACCAUGAGUACCGUCGAUAUUAAUCAGAUGGAUUCUGAAAACGACAAUAAAACUUUGGAUAAAAAGCAAAUUGAGGAGGAAGAAAAAGAAAUGAUGUUGAAAGCUGAAAAUGAAAAACUGGACGAUUCUGAAGAUAAAAAGAUGGAAGGAGAGGGAACGGUGAGGGCGGCAUUAGCAGGGGAUGUUACUGAACAAGGCAGGGAAGUCAAACCAAAAUAUAUUCCUAUAGGAGCCAUAAAAAUGCCUGGAUUUUUCACAAGGAAUUCGGAAAAGGAUAAGACAAAAGAGGAUGAGAGUACCAUAGAAAAAGACACAGAACAUGAGAAAACAUUAGAGAAAACUGAUGAAGACAUUAAUACCAAACCCCAAAUAGGAUUGUUGCAAGCUUUUGCAAAGUUAUUGCAACCUAAAGACAAUGACAGAGAAAAUGACCAAUCAAAACGCUUAGGCAUAUUCAAUGUGAAGUAUCCUAAAAUGUUUCAAAAAAGGAAUGCAGCUCAAGAAGCCACUCUUGCCUCUAUGGAGACAUUGGAAGAUAAAUUCGACACAACUAAUGAUGGCAUGGAGAAUGUUAAGUUAGAUGUUGCUGACCAAGAGGAAGGUAAAGUUGCAACACGGCUUCCACUCAAGGAAAGAGUCAGGCAAAGAAAGUUUGUUAUUGAUGACAUCAUGGUGUGUGUGGUGGUAGUUCUGCUGUUGCUGGCGGUGAUCAUCGGCAUCAUAGUGGCCUCGCGAACCGGGCCGCCAAAUCAGCGCCCUCUUCGCCUCGGACGAUAUAUCACAACGCUAACCUCCUGUGGAGCCGUGGAAGGCAUCUACGACGAAGGCGUUUACAAGUUCUACGGCGUUCCUUAUGCAGUACCACCGGUCGGAGAGAAAAGAUUCACGUACGCGCAGCCUCUUAACAACCUGUCGCUGUGCUGGAACGGCACACUGGAAUUGCACGAGCCCACUCCCCUAUGUAUGCAGAUGCUGGAGAACAGCACCAUCACCGGAGACGAGGACUGCCUCACUCUCGACAUCGUCACUCCCCACGUGCACUACGGGUACCCCCUGCCCGUAGUCGUGCUCAUCGGCGCCAACUCCCUGGCCGGCGGCAUCGGUCCCGCCCAACCCUCGGCUCUAUACGCUCGCACUAAAGAAGUCGUGUUUGUGCGACCCAACUUCAGAUUAGGACCGUUUGGCUUCUUAGCACUCGACAUAUUAUCCAACUCAAAAUACCCAGCGACGUCCGGAAACUACGGCCUGAGCGAUCUGAUGGUGGCGCUGCAAUGGAUUCAGUACAACAUCAAGCAUUUUGGAGGUGACGCCGAAUCCGUCACUCUGUUGGGACACAGAGCCGGAGCGACCCUGGUCGCCGCGCUCACGACGGCCACCAACGCGCAGAAGCUCUACUCCAGGGUGUGGCUCUCGUCACCCUCCGUCAUAUUCCCGGGAGAACCCCUCCAGCAAUCUCAGAAUAACAACGAACAAUUUAAACAACUCAGCAAAUGCAACGACGCCGAUUGCCUGCGACGUAUCACACCCACGGAAAUACUCUCCGCCACGCCCGACACCUGGCUGGGCAACAACAUCGACUCGUUGCCGUCGGCCGACGAGUUCAAACGGUCGUGGCUGGUCCUGGACGGGAACUACUUGAGGGUGCACGCCUACGAGAGCUGGGAUAAGCAAAAGAAAGCCAAGGAGGAGGGAAAGGAGAAGGUUUUCAAGCCGAUGGUGUUCGGGACGGCGAUCCACUCCGGUCACACGGAUCUUCUGAAGAUGAAACACAUGAACUGGACGGCGGAUAUAGUCGAGAAAAUGGUGAACGAGAGUUACAUAGGCCAGAAAAAUUUAAUGGAGGCCGUGUUCCAACAUUUCAAUAAAACAUACGAGGGUCUGGUGGAGUUGAUUUCGUCGAUCCGGACGCUGUGUCCGCUGGUGAGCCUGGCGCGGCUGAGACUGGCGGCUCCGCUGUACGUGGUGACGGGGGCGGGCGCGGGCGGCGGCGCGGCGGGGGGCGGCCUGGCCGGCAUCGACGCCGACGUGCAGGCCAUCUUGGGAACAUUCGAGUCCGCGAUGCCGGAGCAGCGGCGCUUCAUGGCGGCCAUGCAGCAGCUGUUCUACUACUUCGUGUGGCACGGCGAGCUGGCGGGGCCGGCGGGCGGGCUGCUGGCCGUGGGGCAGGACCUGCUGCCGCUGCCCGCCGCUCCCGCCUGCGACCUCCUCAUCCGCGAGGACGUCGUGCCCAGAUACGCUCAUCUAGAUUAAUUUGACCCCUCCCGAUUCCAAUUCUCCGUAUGUGUGUCUGAGAUUUUUUUGCAUUUCAAAUUUUCCGCUUAACUUUACACCGUUUUUGUAUUUUUUAUAUUCUUUUGAAAUUGUAGUUAUUUGAUUUUGUACUUAUCGUGCACGUAUUGUUAGAUUAAGCUCGUAGUAAAAACUUGUCAUGUUUCUAAGUAAUGAUGGUUUAUGAAUUAGUUUAUUGACAGCUUGUUUGUUAGGUGGAUCCGUAGCCGAUCUGAUAAGUAUAAAUCAAGUUCUUCUUAUGUAUUUGGAGCCAUUUUGUACUCGUAGUUUUGUUAGUUUUACACGGGUUUAUAUAAUAUUACCGAUUGUACUGUACCCAGUUUUAUACAUUUUGCAUUUAUAAUGUAUUAGCAAGAAGACUGAUUUUUAAUGAAAUAUCCGAGUGAUCUCUUCCGCCGCGGGCUCCGGAUCUUUUUUAUGUUUUCGACGAUUUUUUUAUAUGAAAAAUUAUUUACUUUAUGACAGCUUUGGAAAUAAUAAUCUGAUAGUUUUUAAAAUUGUACUGAUAUGAAUACUCAAUGUAAUUUUAAUAUUUGUAUGAAUAAAAUUGUACCCCAUCAUACUUUAAUGUUAGUAUUAGGAUAUUAUUUGAAUCUGUAUCGUCUGUAAUUGUUGAAUGUGAUUUAUUAUAAAAGUCUGAAUAAUCCAAAGAGUAAUUUUGUCAAUAACAAUAACCAAAAAGCUUUUUGUAAUGUAUAAAACGUAAUUUUAUCCAUCAUUGUAAUACGUGUUUCUUGCCAUUAUUCUUAGUUUUACUUUAUCUUACCAUAUUGUAAUAAUGAAUUACAGUAGAAAUACCAAAGGAUGUUAAUUUGAACGAGAUGUCAACAGAAUCGGUAUCAAAGAACACUGACGUUUCCUUGAUGUAGGCUCGAAACACUAAACACCACGAACCACUCGCUCUGAUUAAUUAUUUUAAGUUAUUAUGCAGUUAGUUAUAAACGCGAAGCUUCUUUUGUAAAUUGGUACCUAAAAUAAAAAGACUGGC